AUGGACAUCGGCGUGUAUUAUCCGAUCUUUCACACAGAGGCGGGGCUGACAGCUCAGCGUCAUGCGAUUACGUUCUACGUUCAAGUUUCAAAAAUGAGUACACAGCAUCGAGAGGCAUCAAAUACUCUCUUUAGGGCGCGAAACAAUUGUUCGUUGCCUAAGCAGGGCGGCCGACUGGAUUUAAGUUGA